AUGACAGUGAGCAAUGCUCUGGGGAAGCAUCAGCUCCUCCCUCGAGAGGAGCAGAAGGAGGCCCGCGGCAGCCAGGCCAGCUUCAUGCAGCGGCAGUUCGGGGCCAUGCUGCAGCCCGGCGUCAACAAGUUCUCGCUGCGGAUGUUCGGCUCGCAGAAGGCCGUGGAGCGGGAGCAGGAGCGCGUCAAGUCGGCGGGAGCCUGGAUCAUCCACCCCUACAGCGACUUCAGGUUCUACUGGGACUUCACGAUGCUGCUCUUUAUGGUGGGCAACCUGAUCAUCAUUCCCGUGGGCAUCACCUUCUUCAAGGAGGAGACCACGGCGCCCUGGAUCGUGUUCAACGUGGUCUCCGACACCUUCUUCCUCAUGGAUCUGGUGCUGAACUUCCGGACGGGGAUUGUCAUCGAGGACAACACGGAGAUCAUCCUGGACCCUGAGAGGAUCAAGAAGAAGUACCUCAAGACCUGGUUUGUGGUGGAUUUUGUCUCUUCCAUCCCCGUGGACUACGUGUUCCUCAUUGUGGAGAAGGGCAUCGACUCGGAGGUGUACAAGACGGCCCGAGCCCUGCGCAUCGUCCGCUUCACCAAGAUCCUCAGCCUCCUGCGGCUCCUCCGCCUCUCCCGGCUCAUCCGCUACAUCCACCAGUGGGAGGAGAUUUUCCACAUGACGUACGACCUGGCCAGCGCCGUGAUGAGGAUCAUCAACCUCAUCGGCAUGAUGCUGCUGCUGUGCCACUGGGACGGCUGCCUGCAGUUCCUGGUGCCCAUGCUGCAGGACUUCCCCAAGAACUGCUGGGUCUCCAUCAACGGCAUGGUGAACGACUCCUGGAGCGAGCUCUACUCCUUCGCCCUCUUCAAGUCCAUGAGCCACAUGCUCUGCAUCGGCUACGGGAAGCAGGCGCCGGAGAGCAUGACGGAUAUCUGGCUCACGAUGCUCAGCAUGAUCGUGGGGGCCACCUGCUACGCCAUGUUCAUCGGCCACGCAACUGCCCUCAUCCAGUCGCUGGACUCCUCCCGGCGCCAGUACCAGGAGAAGUACAAGCAAGUGGAGCAGUACAUGUCCUUCCACAAGCUGCCCGCCGAUUUCCGCCAGAAGAUCCACGACUACUACGAGCACCGCUACCAGGGCAAGAUGUUCGAUGAGGACAGCAUCCUGGGGGAGCUCAACGAGCCCCUGCGCGAGGAAAUUGUGAACUUCAACUGCCGCAAGCUGGUGGCCUCGAUGCCCCUGUUCGCCAACGCGGACCCCAACUUUGUCACGGCGAUGCUCACCAAGCUCAAGUUCGAGGUAUUCCAGCCGGGCGACUACAUCAUCCGCGAGGGCACCAUUGGCAAGAAGAUGUACUUCAUCCAGCACGGGGUGGUCAGCAUCCUCACCAAGGGCAACAAGGAGAUGAAACUCUCCGACGGCUCCUACUUCGGAGGGAAGAAGAACUCGAUCCUGCUCCACAAGGUGCAGCACGACCUCAACUCGGGCGUCUUCAACAACCAGGAGAACGAGAUCAUCCAGGAGAUCGUCAAGUACGACCGGGAGAUGGUGCAGCAGGCGGAGCUGCAGCAGCACACGGCGCUCUACAGCCCCGUGCAGCCGCAGGUCACGUCGGCCAUCGCCACGCUGCAGCAGGCCGUCGCCAUGAGCUUCUGCCCGCAGAUGGCCAGCCCGCUCGUGGGCUCCAUGGCGCUGGGCUCGCCCCGCAUGAUGCGGCGCCUGCAGUACGCGCAGGCCGUGCCCAGCCCCUUCGCCAUCUCCCCGGUGCUGCUGCACCCAGACCCCCUCCUGCCCCCAGCAAAGCCCAUGAGGAGGGCGCCCGGCUCCAGCUAG